AAGUAUACUUUACCUAAAAGCAUUUCCAACAAAUAGAAUUAAUUCCCUCUAUCAUUUAUCGCCGCCGCUUCUGUUCUUCGCGCGAGAGAAAACGGCCUCAAAGAUUACAUCAGAAAUGGAGUCACCCACCAAAUCGGAGAGCAUUUGUAGGGACCCUACAGUUGUUGAAGAGGAUGAUGUUGAUGAUGAUCCGCCAUUGCUGAGCUCUCAUGCCCUAGCUGCACUAAAGGAGUUCCUUGCCGAACAAACCCAGCCCUCCACUGAGCCUCACUUGGAAAAUGGAGUUUCCGAGGAUUCGGAGGUCGCUUUAGUGGCGGAGGAUUGGAGGCUGAGUCAAUUCUGGUACGACCGGGUCACGGCGGAGACAGUGGCUGAUGAGGUUCUUACGCUAUGCCAGAACUUUGAUUCUCCUCGAGUCGCAUGUAUUGCUUGCCCGACUCUCUACACUUAUCUGAAGAAAAUUGGCCCCAACGUAUCUGCACAACUUCUUGAGUAUGACAAACGCUUUUCCCAACAUGGUAGUGAAUUCACAUUUUACGAUUACAAUGAACCGGAAGAAUUGCCAAUGGAAUUGAAGCACAAUUUUCAGAUUAUAGUAGCGGAUCCUCCUUACCUGAGCAAAGAAUGUUUGGAGAAAGUCACUCAUACAAUUUCUUUUCUAGCACAACACAGUGAAUCAUACCUGCUAUUACUAACAGGAGAAGUGCAAGCAGAAAGAGCAGCUGAGCUAAUGGGUUUCCAUACGUGUGGUUUUAGACCACACCACUCUAGCAAACUCGGGAACGAGUUCCGACUGUUCACGAACUAUAAUCCGGGGACAAGAUUAGGAGGUUGGGAGCAAUAGAUUUUGGAUCACUAUUUUUCUCUCUUGUAAUUUUAAAGAGGCACGUGGAUUAGAAAUCUCUCAUCUCAUCAUUUUGUAUUCCGUUCAAGUGGUGGUGAUGGUUCAUGCCUACAGUCGAAGAAGGAUUCAGUGAGAACUCUGUGAACUUGUAGAAGUGAAUUGGUGCAAAAGCCAAAAUGUAAUGGGCAAAGUGCUUACCGUUGGGAGUGUAAUUAAUUUAAAGUACCGAGGGAAAACUAACGCUCACUAGUACUUGUAGUGGAAAUAUUUGUAAGCUCCAUGAUUUCUAUUAGUUGGGGAAUAGACUGUUCAUUUUUGUUGUUGAGGGCUGA